AUGUUGAGUCAUAUUUUGGAUACUACUCGUACACACAACACCACUACCACUGCCACUACCACUGCCGCUGCAACUACCACUACCACUGCCCCUACCACUGCCCCUACCACUACCACUACCACUACUACUACCAAUACCAGUCCAACUACUACCCUUACCACUCCUAUUCCCAGCACUAUUUCUUCAGAGACAUCUAGACUAUCAGUUAAAUCACCAGAGUCAUCAAACCUUCUCCACCGAAUGCCAAACGACAAAACAGAUUCAAAGGAGGUGUCACCGCCAGUAAUUGCGGUACAGCCGCCCUUACACCAAGGAAACUCACCAACUAGACCUCAAACUUUGUUGCACCCUCUGGACUCAUCAAUAGGAAGUAAAAGAAAGAUAUCAUCUACUACCCCUUUCAAUAAUAGUCCACCAACGAGUUGUGGAUCCACCACUAGCACGACAACCACUGGUAGCAAUAACAGUAACAGCAGCUUUUAUAGCAGUUCCACCACACAGGCUUUGAAACGUCACAAACCAAGGACUCUUAACUUGAAUGCUGCUCCAAACGCCAAUGCUGACUUGGCAUUAAGAAUUGUCAGCCCUGGACUACCGGCUCUAGACGACGAAAUGAAGUCAACAAUAAAGCUUUCACAACGAAUUCAGCAGCAGCAGAGGCAUCUCAUUGCUAGUAGACGAGGAGUGGAUAUUGAGCAAGAGAGAUACGAUGACGGAGGUGAAACUUUUGUGGACGAGGAUGUCAUUACUGCACACAAAGCCCCCAAUUCAGCUGAAAUAGAUGCAUCAUCUGUCCAAGCACCUGUAUCAGCUACAUCUUCAUCCAAAAGUCUGGGCACUUCGCCUACUGCAUCGGAUAAUGUAACUGCUGAUGAAAGGACCGAAAGCUCCAAUACGCAGCCUGCGUCGCAACUGGAAAACAAAGAAAAUGCCGAAACUACAUCAAAAGAGUUUACAAAGUCACCAAUUUAUGCUCUAGACGACUCAGACAUCACCAGACUAUCGGGGUUGCAAAACAGGAGAAUGAAGCGGAAAAAUGUACCCACUCCAUUGAAUAUCGGUUCAUCUUCCAAUACCACCCCUACCAUCAAUCUGUCUAAACCAAAGCUGCAUAUCGCUCCGAUUUCUAUACGCUCCGCCCCUAUUCGAUCAGCACCAACGCGCCCAACUAUUAAUUUGAAACCCAGAGGAGGUGGCAAGUUUGGACGACCAUCGAGGCUAGUCAAUUCACAUCCAGUGUCGUUGAACUCAUCAUCUGCACAACGUUAUUCAAUGCAUCCAUCGCAGUUGCAUCCCACACAGCCACAUCCACAGCUACAGUCACUACAACAGCAACAACAACAACAACAGCAACUUUAUUUGGCACCACCAAGGACAGCAUUGUUGCCUGGUGUUAAUGUACCACCAAUGGCAUAUACCAUAAGGCAAGGGCGUCCAUUUCCAUCUCAACAACAACAGCAGCAGCAGCAGCAGCAACAACAACAACAACAACAACAACAACAACAACAAUUCCAUGGGACGUUGCCGCGUGGUGUACGAUUAGUGCCAGUAGCUAGCGCAAUUGGUCAACAAAUUCCUAUGCGGUACUUGCCAAUCGUGCCACCCUCAUCGACAAUGUUGAAUUUCCAACAAAGACAGUAUCAGCAACAAGUACAAGCGUCACAACCUCACAGAGAAAGGAAUGCCAGUACUACUGGUGCCGGUGCCACUAGACUGGGAGCUGUGACUGAUGUGUUUAGUGACAAUUUCCAAAGAAUCGCUCCGUUGCAAUCGCAGCCUUUGUCAUCACAAGUGGAGUUUUUCAAACGAACCAAUGCUACUGUAUCGACUGAUUCUGACAAUACCCCCACUGGUGACGACAAAACCAAAGUUGAUGAAGUUGACGAUGAUAAAGCUCCAGUGUCCCAGGAUGAGAUCGACGAGAUGCAACAAAAGUAUGCAACUGGACGAAAUGUGGUACCUCA